AUGAACAGUCAAAGGGUAAUCCCAGCUUUGAAAUGUGCAGUUUCAUUGGGGAUUUCAGUGAUUUUGGGAUUGAUUUACAGUAAAGAAAAUGGGUUUUGGGGGAGUUUGGCAGUGGCUGUAAGCAUUGCUUCAGACAGAGAACCAACAUUUAAAGUUGCAAACUUUAAGGUUCAUGGAACAAUGCUGGGCUCUGUUUUUGGAAUUUUGAGCUUUGUUCUUUUCCAAAGGUUUUUAAUUGGAAGGCUUCUUUGUCUUCUUCCUUGGUUUAUUUUCACCAGCUUUUUACAACAUAGUACAAUGUAUGGUUCAGCUGGUGGAAUUUCCGCCAUUGUUGGAGCUUUAGUAGUUUUAGGAAGAACAAACUACGGUUCCCCAAGAGAAUUUGCUUUCGAAAGAAUGAUUGAAACUUUUAUUGGGAUUUCGAUAUCAAUUGUAGUUGAUAUCAUUUUUCAACCAAAAAGAGCUUCUAAAUUGGCGAAAAUUCAACUCAUUGUGACUUUACAAAUGCUACAAAAAUGCAUCAAUGAUUCAUUUGGUGAUGAAUCAAGCACAAUAACGAAGGAGGAUUUGAAAGGUUUAAGAAUUCAAGUUAUUAAGCUGAAGAAAUUGAUUUACGAGGCUGAGGUUGAACCCAAUUUCUUGUUUUUGCAGCCAUUUCAUGGUAAUAGCUAUGUGAAGAUGUUUAAUUCCUUGUCAAAAAUGGUUGGUUUAUUAGCUUUGAAUGGUGAAGCAAUGAAUGUUCUUAAAGAGAAUUAUGUGAGAGAGGAUUUGUUGACAAAGGUUGAGGAAAAAUUAGAGGGGGAUUUUGACAAGUUUAAGGAAAUUAUGGCCAAUGGUUUAGUGACAGUUUAUGAGGAUUUGAGUUCUUCCUCAUUGAAGUCUUUGAGAGAAAGUGAAAUCAAGGAAGAUAAUUGUGAUGAUAUUGAGAUGGGAGAGCCACAAAGGAUUGAAAUAAUGGAUGAAAUUGAGAAGGAAAAGUUGAUUAAUUCCUUUUUGCAGCACUUGGGAGAGAUCGUUGAAAGUCAAGAUGGUAAAAGUGAAGAAAUUUUGAGUUUGAGUGCUAUGGCGUUUUGCUUGACUAAUUUGAUGAAAGAGAUGGAAGAGAUUGGAGAGGCAACUAGAAAACUCAUUGAAUGGGAGAAAUCCUUUUUCUAG